GAAGUGUCGCUUUUCAUUUCCGGUUCACGUUUCACGUGUUUAUUAUGGCCGCGUGCAGACCUGCGGGGCUUCUGCUGGUAGAAAACACCGUUUCUAAUGUACCAAACAGCGAGGCUCCUCUGGAUGAAGGUCUCGGUGCUCUGUAGCAGCUGACCUCUGCAGCGGCCGCCAUGUGGACUCGCUGUGUCAGAACCGGGCCGUGGAGGCGCGUGACCGCCGGCUCGUGCGCCCGCAGCCUCUGCAGCAGCACCCGGACCCCGGGGGGCCUGGAGCCGCUGCUGCGGCUGUGUGUGGACCGCUAUUACAUCUCCCCGGGCCGCGCCAACACGGAGCGGUUCCGCCGCGGGGUGCGCUGCAGCUACGGCCCUCUGGGCACCGAGCUGAGGAGGAACCUGCUGGAGCAGUGGUGGCACUCGGUGAGCCGGUCCUCGGCUCAGGUGUUUGGGAUCGAGUCCGUGAGCGGCAGCGGGGACGGAGCUGGAGCUGGAGCUGGAGCCGGCCCGCUGAGGACUGUUGAAUCCGAGCUGUUGACUCGAUUAUUGGAGCGACAGGAGCUGACCAAGGAGCAGCUCGUCCGGGAGGCUCUGCUGCUCCUGCAGAGGUCUCCCGCCGCGAGAGCCGAUUUACUUCAAGGUGCUCUGGAGCAGUUUGUCCCUGCGCUGGAGCUGGUGAACAGAAAGCUGCCGUUCGGCCUGGCUGAGGCGGGUCCGUGCUUCCAGCCGUCGGAUGGCUCCGGUUGUCCUGCAGAGGUCACUCAGACGUCUCUGGUGUGGUUCUGCUCUCCUCGCACCUCUUCUCAGUGGCUGGAUCACUGGACCCGGCAGAGGCUGAGGUGGUGGAGGAAAUUUGCGCUGUCACCGUCCCACUUCAGCAGCAGCGAGGUGCCGUCCGAGGAGCUCAUCGAGGCGGCUUCUCGUGGCGUGAGGAUCCAGUACAGCUUCCCCUGGGGGCCGGAGACCCUGGAGACGCUGUGGAGUCGAGGAGACGCCGAGCUGCUGCACACACACCAGGGCGUCCGCUCCAAACUGCAGUGUCGAGACGGAAAAAAAUCUAUUCCCCACGUUGUCUCCGUGACGGGGAAUUUGGACCGGGGCGUCAUGGCUUUUCUGUCCAACUCGCUCCAGCAGCUAAAGCGGGAAGACAGCAAACAGAAGCUCCUGCAGAGAACGGUUCUAAAGCUGCAUCCAGUGUUGACUCCAGUCAAAGUGGCUCUAAAUAUAAGUCGGGGAGCCACAGUGGAGCUGCGACAGGUUUGUGAAGGGCUCCUGCAGGAGUUUCAGGAGGCGAAGAUCUCUGCCUGGCCUGGAUAUCUGGAAACUCUGCCGCCAUCAAUGGAGCAGCUGAACGCGAAGUAUGAUGAGAUGGGCGUCCUUUUCACCGUCGUGAUCAGCGAGAACACUUUGGAGAGCGGCCUCCUGCAGGUCCGCAGCAGAGACACAACCAUCAAGGAGACGAUGCACGUCUCUGAGAUCAGGAAGUUCCUGUCCAGAUACAUUUCUGUGGCUGACACGAACUGAAAUAAAAGGCUACUGAGCAAUACCUGCCUCAUUCUCACAUCCACACCCAAUAUUUCAUGACUGUACCUUAUCUUUCGGAAUUCAAACCGGAAAUGUUGGAAUAGUUUAUUUAUUGCUCUUUUGUUAUUUUUGAACACAUGGUAUGGUGUUUUUGGAUAAAUGCUAUUUUUGUGCCUCACUUUUUUAAUAAACAAACCAAAUGUG